AUUUCCUAUAUCCAACACAUGGGAGCGCUAUUUUCUGAAGCUCCAUUUUGUUGAAGUGGAUGUCUACCUCGCCAACCAUUGUCUUAGCUCAACCAGAUCCAUUGGCGACUGUAGUUUAGCAGCGUUUUCUGUUCCCACCUCACAAGGAAGGCCUCUUUCAAGGCCAAUGGCUCUUUGUUUCCUACCCACCAUCCCCUCUAAUGCUAGAACCCCAAUAAUUUCGAACUUCUUUCCCUCCAAAACCCUAGUCUCAUUCCGCCGAUCCCCUAAAACCCUUAUUCUGGCGUCUUCAGCAAAUCAUCUGCAGAGCCAACACCCACCUUCCCCCAGAAUCUUCAUCAAAGGACUGUCGCUGUCGACCAACGAGGGCUUCCUGAGAAAGAAAUUUUCAGAGUUUGGGGAAGUCAAUGAAGUUAAAAUUGCGAGGAACAAAGCUUCUCAAUCAUUAGGGUACGCUUUUGUUUCUUAUGCUCGUCAAGACCAUGCUCAAUUGGCAGUUAACGAGAUGAAUGGCAAGUUUUUUGAUGGCAGGUUUAUUCUUGUUGAAAUUGGAAGGCCUGGAAACCUUGGCAGAAAAAGAACGGCACCUCGCUACAGGUUCUGAUGGUGCUCUUUAUGAGAUUCCCUGAAGUUUGAUGGUGCCAUCAUCCGCAGUUAGAGCUUGGAAGUUGGGCACUCAUUGAAUCGGUACUUGGAGCCAUAUGGUUGUUGCUCUGAACAGUAAAGCUUGUACAAAUGGCAACCUAAUUGAUUUGGUGAAGAUUCAUGAUCUUUAUUGACUUGGAUAAAUUAGUAUGCUGGAGUGGAGGGAUUUGUUGAAAAAUGAACAACAGAACUGGCUACGUGUAUCUUUUUCAAACCUUACUUGAGUUAUUAAAGGGAUACGAGCCGUUCGUCAAUUUCAGUGAUGCUUAAGGGGCCGUUUGAUUCACAGGACAUUUUUCACUUAUUUGCGUCAGGCCAUGGAAAAGAUGAAGUUAUCUGGGAUAGCCUCCUUUUGAGGUGGGUUUUUUUCAGCUGAAAAGAAGAGGGAAACAGUCGAACUGCGGGGGAACCUUGGCGAAGUUAUAUCGGACCGAUGCGAUGGUCUCCUGAAUUACUUCUGCUGUCCAAGAUUAACUUCUCCAGGCCAAUGAGGGGCAUCCAGAUGUGAGUUGAAGGACUUUCUUUCCAUCGUUUAUGUAUGAGCUGGGCAGGAGGAGGUUUGUAAGUUUAAAAGACGAAGACAUACUGCUAAAAAAUCUCUUCUUCUUCUUCUUCUUCUUCUUCUUCUAGGGUGUGACUAUCUCUUUUAGAAAAAUGUUCGGGAUAUCAAACCCUGGAGUUGUCUUAAACUCAAAGGUGUAAAUGCCUUCUUCCGGCGAGUUAAAUACUGCUAUUUCUUGA